ACCAUGGUCACACCGGAAGUCGUUCAGCAGCAGCGACGGUGGAAACUUUGAAGAUCAGACAGGAUGAAGCAGAAGAAGCAGUUUCUCCAGACUGGACCGGCUCAGAUUAUCUCCAGGUCUGAGAUCUUGCUGUUCAGAAACAGUCUAAAGCUGAACAUCUGUGUGGAGCUGCUUCAAGACGGCUAUCACAGGUCGUUCUCGGAGCUCUUCUCUCUGCUGACCUCAGAUCAGGACCGGAGGGCGGCGGCUGAACCCGGUUCUGACGUCCGACUCCAGACCCCCCUAGACGAGCAGCGGGAGAAACUGGAGACCAUGAGCCUGCACCUGAGACGGGCCGAGCAGGCGGAGAACACCUCCUCCUGGACUGUGGUGUGUGAGCAGCGUCUCCUUCUCGGUCUCUUCUUCUCUUCUCUGGAGGACUUCUGGCUCGCUCUGCACUUCUUCCACAGCUGUGCAGAGCGAGAGGGGGGCAGCAGCUCGGGCCCGGCCACCGAGGCCCUGGUCUGCCUGGCCGAGGUCUACCUGCAGCGAGGUGAGCUCCAGCGGGCGAGGCAGCAGGCGGAGCUCUGCAUCCGGCAGGCGGACGAGGACGGCUGGCUGGACUCGAACCACCGGCCCCUGAGGCUCCGGGCCCGCGGGACCCUGUGGAGGAUCUGCAGCCGGCUGGCCGACGCCCAGCUGGAGGCCGCAGACCUGGACUGGGCCCUGAAGCUGCUCCACGAGGGCCACGAAGCAGCUGCUGGGUCUGAAGACAAACACCUCGAAUCAGAAGCCUGCUAUCGACUUGGCCUGACCUAUCAGAGCGCAGGAGACCACGGCACAGCCAAACAGUUCUUCAACUCCUGCAUACAGAUCUGCAGCACGCUGCAGGAUGCAGACGGGAUGGGAAAGUCCUACAAGGCUAUGGCAAGUGAGGGAAACCCACACGACCAACUCCAGUAUCUGGAGAAGAUGGCCGACAUCUACCGUAGCAGCGGGCUGAAGCACGGCCUGGCAGACGCCCUCCUGUGUCUGGGAAACAUCUACUUCAAGAGGAGUCAGUACAUCACAGCGUGUGAAUUCUUCCGUCAGAGUUGUGAACUUUCCUUUGAACUUGAAGACCCGUCUCUGCUGCAGAAAGCUCAGGUGUGGUUGGGGUGCGCUCGUGCCCGUUCCCUGAUGCGCGGACACGGCGCCGACGUGGAGGCGUCCUCGGUCGCCGCCCUGCGACGCCUGCUGACCCGGAAAGAGACCCGGGGACCCGGUCCACAGGCGCUUCCGCUUCCUGGUCCCCACGCUGACGAAUAAACAAACACACAGCUGUUUAGUAUGUUUGAUAUCUGGGAUUUUCUCUCAAGCUCGUGAACGCAGCACGAUAAUUAGAUGAGAUUAUUUCAGUUAUAUAUUUUAAAAAAACACCAUCCGUGAUAUAAUAUGUUUUCAUUUAAAAACGUCUGUAUACAUUUUAUUACUUUGUGUAGUUAUAUUAUUAGACUAUUAUAAGUAUUUAUUUGUCUUACUGUCACAUAAUAAACUGAUGAAUUCUGUUGAAAA